CUCACUCCCAGCUCUUCUGUAACAGGGAUAAUGGAAGGCCAGGCAACAGAAAAUGAGCUCCGCCAACGCAGGCCUGCGGCGGCAAACAGCACCUUCACUCCGAGCGAGGAGGGUAGGAAACGGGAUGAACAACUCGACAAACAUGAACAUUAUGAAUUUGGCGGACCUGCUGGUGUUGUCACCAUGAUGGUUGGAUUCCCAAUCCUUAUGUACUAUCUUUGGAUUUGCCUGGUAUUCUAUGAUGGCAAGUUGGUUUCCCCCACAUCUUUGGAUGACGUGCAGCCUUUCUUGGCCAGGAUGUGGGAGCAUGUCCGUGUAGAUGCAAGCCCGAACGCGUAUGCAUGGAAAGUCUACUCUGGAUUUUUCUUUUUCCAGCUCUUCAUUGCCUUCAUUCUUCCUGGCUACCAACAAGAGGGUCUCCCUGUACCAUCGCUCGGAUACAAAACACUCAUGUACAACUGCAACGCUCUCUCCUGCCUCUACGUCACCAUGGCCACUGCAGCCGCUCUCCAUCUUACUGAUACCUUCCGCCUCACAUCGAUCAUUGAUAACUACGGACACUUAAUGACUGUAGCCAUUAUCUACGGAUUCGCUGUGAGCUUCGGGAUGUACUUCUUAACAGUAGCCCAGGGCAAGCAGAUCCGUAUGUCAGGCAACUUCUUCUACGACGUGUUCAUGGGUGCUGUUCUCAAUCCUCGCAUUGGAAGCGUGGACUUGAAGAUGUGGGCGGAAGUACGCAUUCCGUGGAACAUUGUUUUCUUCCUCGCGGUGUCGGGAGCGUGCAAACAAUAUGAAAAGUACGGAUAUGUUACUCCUAAUAUGGCAUUCAUGUGCCUCGCGACCUGGCUAUAUGUUAAUGCUUGCGGGAAGGGCGAGGAAUGCAUCCCUCAGACUUGGGAUAUGUUCCACGAAAAAUGGGGCUUCAUGGUUAUCUUCUGGAACUUUGCUGGUGUACCAUUUACCUAUGUAUACUCCGUCGUAUAUAUGGCCUCACACGACCCUUCCGAAUACAAGUUCUCAACACCUGCUUAUGUUGCGCUCUACGUCACCUUGCUAACGGCUUACUAUAUAUUCGAUACGUCCAUGUCGCAGAAGAGCAGGUUCAAGAUGCAAACACAAGGCACUUUCAAGUGGCGGAAAGCCUUCCCACAACUUCCUUGGGGUACAUGCGAGAACCCAACGUACAUCCAAACAUCACACGGCAACCGCCUCCUAACAUCCGGCUGGUGGGCAUACGCCCGCAAACCAAACUACACCGCUGACUGGGUCCAAUCCCUCACAUGGGGCCUCUGUAUCGGCAGCGCGUCCAUAAUCCCAUACUUCUACUCCGUCUUCUUCAUCACUGCCCUCAUCCACCGCUGUGGUCGGGACUUUGAGCGCUGUGCGAUGAAGUAUGGGAAGGAUUGGGAUCGGUAUUGUGAGGUUGUGAAGUAUAAGUUCAUUCCUUACAUUUAUUAGAGAUGUGGUGUGGUGUGGUGUGGGAUUUAUUAUGAUUAGUAGUUGACCUUCGGAGUAAGUUGCAUGACGGCUCAAUCUUAAUUGGAUAGGAUGGAAAAUAAACAUAGCAUUACGA